UGUAUCCAUAGAGACCUGGCAGCCAGGAACGUCCUGGUAACUGAAGAAAGCGUGAUGAAGAUCGCAGACUUCGGUCUGGCUAGAGAUGUGCACAACAUAGACUACUACAAGAAGACCACCAAUGGUCGUCUGCCCGUGAAAUGGAUGGCACCAGAGGCUCUGUUCGACCGCGUCUACACGAACCAGAGUGAUGUGUGGUCCUAUGGGGUACUGCUCUGGGAGAUCUUUACCCUGGGAGGGUCCCCGUACCCCGGCAUCCCUGUAGAGGAGCUGUUCAAACUGCUAAAGGAAGGCCACCGCAUGGACAAGCCUGCCAACUGCACACAUGAACAAUAUAUGAUCAUGAGGGAGUGCUGGCACGCUGUUCCAUCUCAGAGGCCUACCUUCAGGCAGCUGGUGGAAGACCAUGACAGGGUUCUAUCCAUGACCUCCACAGACGAAUACCUGGACCUGUCUGUUCCUUUUGAGCAGUACUCACCAGCCUGCCAGGACUCCAGCAGUACUUGUUCCUCAGGAGACGACUCAGUGUUCGCCCACGACCCCCUCCCAGACGAACUGCUUCCCCAAACUGAUCCAGGGGAAUGA